AUGAAUAUCGCAUCUGAAGUUGAUAAGAGCAAGCAUAGUGAUAACCAGAACAUUACUACUACUACUACUACUACUACUGCUGCUGCUGCUGCUUCUACUACUACCACUGAUAAUAAUAAUAUGUUGCUUGGUAAGAACGAUUUGGAUUACAUGGUAAAUAAUCUUCUCGAGGAUAUAGUUUACAAUGAAGAGAAGGAUGGCGACGUAUCACCUAUAAAUUCUAAUAUGAAUAACAAUAGUGAAUAUGAAGAUGCAUCACUAUUUCAUCAAUUGCAAUUCGGUAGAAAAUUAGAAAUUAAGAGUGAGUUCACUCAUCCGGUAAAAUAUAUACAAGUAGAUGAAGAAACUUUGCCAUUACGUCUACAAGUGUCUGGACUUCCCGACAUUUCACGUGUUGAGAACCAACUGAAAUUAACAUUGAAAUUAACUAAUACAAGGGGUUACAAACUUAAUCAACGACUAGUUUAUUUGCCGAUUGAUUCUAUCGCUAGAGAAAAGUUCUUCUUGAAGAAAACAACAAAUAUGGAUGACAAGGAUGAGAAUCCAUUAAAUUUGAAUUUCCCAAAAUCAUUCAAAGAAAAUUUAUUAUUCUUACAGGCUUUCCUAAUCUGUAAAGGUACAUAUGUGCCCACUUAUGUAUGUGAUAGAUGCGUACAGAGAGAACAGAGAAGAGCCUCUAGAAGAAAAUCUGGUCUAUCAGAUAAUUUAUUAUGGUGCAAUAAUAAUAACAGGAGAGCAAUUAUAUUUAAUAAUAAACAAAUUUUCAGAACAUCAAAAUAUAAUGCAAAUGAAAUUGAAUUCGAUUUAAUAAGUAGAAUCGUUUGUUAUUGUAGGCAUCACAAGGCAAAUGAUGGUUUCCAAAUUCUAUUUAUUAUCAAGGAUUCAAAUAACACAGUUAUUGCAAAAACUUUAACAAAUUCUAUUGUUAUUCAAGAUAGAAAGCCAAAUGCAUUUAAAUCAAGUGCCAAUUUACUUUCCAUUAAUGAAAUGGACUCAAAUACUAAUGGUAUCAAGAAAAGUAAUAAUGAUGAUUUAAAUAAAUUUUCAAUGGCAGAAGUAUUUUCUUCAAAUAAAAUGUUCUGUUCAACUUCGGCAUCUUCUUCAUCUAGUGAAAGCUCAACGAAUAAUAAUAAUAAUAAUAAUAAUAAUAAUAAUAGCAAUUACAAUAAUACCUCUUUUGACUACAACCUCGGUCUCGAUAACGAUUCUUCAUCAUAUUCAAACUAUUCUUCACUGGAUUUGAAACAGCCUUAUCCUAUUACAAAGACUAACGUAUAUUACAAUUCACAAAUUUUUCCCUCCCCGACUUCAAUGAGUGAAACAGGUUCUGAUAUUAGAAUGAUUAGCGAAAAUUAUAUUGCAUCCAGUAAGAGUGAUAGGAAAAGAUUAAGAGCAAAUUUUGAAAUGAAUUCUAAUAACAGUAAUAGUAGUAAUAAUAAACCAAUGAUCCAAAAAAUCAUACCCGCACAAGGUUCCGUUAAUGGUGGGAUUGAAAUUACUUUACUAGGUUCCAAUUUUAAACAAGGUCAAAUAAUCAAAUUCGGAGAAAACCUAGCUUUAUCUACACAAUGUUGGAAUGAAUCAACAAUUGUAACGUAUCUACCACCGGCCUCCACCGCUGGUCAAGUCUUCGUUACAAUUGAAGAUCGACCCGAAAAUGGUAUUAGUUUAACCACGCCUUUUACAACUCCUAAUUCUAUUCAAAAUUCUAAUACUAAUGAAAACAAGGUAGUUUUCACUUAUGUUGAUGAUACUGAUAGACACUUGAUUGAAUUAGCUUUACAAAUUGUAGGUUUAAAAAUGAAUGGUAAAUUAGAGGACGCACGUAACAUCGCAAAACGUAUUGUUGGUGUAAAUACUAAUGGUACGAAUGACACAACAAAUAAUUUUAAUACCCCAAGCAACCUAUCUUCUUCGUCUUCUUCUUCACACAAUGAUGAAAUGUUGAUUGUUAAUGUCAUAAGCUCUUUCAAGAAAGGUUCAAAAAAUCUAAAUAUUUCAAUGUCAGACGAGCAAGGAAGAACAUUACUACAUUAUGCUGCUUUGAAGUCGUAUUACAGUUUAGUCAAGAUAUUAGUAUCAUAUGGUGCCAAUAUUGACAAAAUUGAUUUAUUCGGUUUCAAUUCCUUCCAUUUCGCUUGUAUUGGCGGAAAUUUUAGAAUCAUAGAUUUUUUUUCGUAUCAUUGUAAUACUGACAUCAACUUACUGACUUUUAAUCGUCUGAAUGGUAGAGAUUUGCUAUUGAAUAAUCAUGGUAUAGAUUACUUGAAUAAUAGAGAUAUAGAUACGGUAUCGUCUCUAAGUACUUCAUCGUCCAUUUAUAAUAUCGAUGAUAGUGAUAUAAUUUCUCAAGAUGAUGAGCCCAUAAGUGCCACUACUGAAAAUAUUUCUGGCUAUGAAACUGAUGCUGAUAAUGAGUUUGAAAGUGAAGAAGAAGCUUUUAAAGAAUCUGCUGCGCAACAAUCUGUAAAUGAAGUAUCUUUAUGGAAUAGAAUGGUCAACAGGUUCAACGAUGAAUUGCUACCCAAAUAUGAGGAUCUGUUCCCCAAGGCUUUAUUAGAUAUCAAAUCAUCCACAGAUGUGGCUACAACAGAAGCCGCUGAAAACACAGAGACAGAUGAGGAAGAUGAUCUAGACGAUGAUGUUAUACGAGGUUUCAACUCAUUCUUCCUACAACAAAGGAAAAACUUUCAAAAUGAUAAAAUGCUACAAUUUUUCUGGCUACCACUAAUGAUUUUCCUUCUGUGUUUGAUUAGUUUCUACAGAUUAGGAAGUACUGACAAUCAAGCGCAUCAUAUGAUUAAUGUAAUUUCAAAAUAUUUAAGAAUGGGAUUAACCAAAGUAUUAAUUGGUAACGAAAGGGUGAAAACCUCUUUGAAAGUCUCAUUUAAAAAUCAACUGUCAAACUUUCAAGCAUCUAGAGCAGUCGCAGGCUUCGUAAACACAUAG